AUGGGCUCCUCCGAAGUCUAUCUCAAACCGGUGAAAAUGUCUGAUGAUGACCUUGCCGUUCUUACGCUGAGAAAUUUAAUAUUCGAUAUCUGCAACCAGAACGGUGGGGGGCAUGGUGGAUCUGCCAUUGGAAUGGCAGCAAUCGGUGUGGCCCUGUGGAAGUACGUUAUGCGAUACAAUCCUUCGAACCCGGACUGGUUCAACAGGGAUCGAUUUGUGCUCUCCAAUGGUCAUUGUGCGAUGUUCUUAUAUGCGCUCAACUAUUUGACGGGAUAUGAUGCCUGGACGAUGGAUGAGCUGAAGGGAUAUGGAAGUGCAAAAGAGAAUGGGUAUACCACGCUUGCACACGGACAUCCGGAAAUUGAGUGUCCUGGCGUUGAAGUUACCACAGGCCCUCUUGGACAAGGAAUCGCUAACGCGGUUGGUCUUGCUAUUGCUUCCAAGAACUUGGCCGCCCAAUUUAACCAACCUGGGCACGAAGUCGUGAAUUCCCGCAUUUACUGCAUGACUGGAGAUGGUUGUCUUAUGGAAGGUGUUGCCCUUGAAGCCAUUGCCCUUGCCGGUCAUUUGCAAUUGGACAACCUCGUUUUGAUCUACGAUAACAACGGCAUUACCUGCGAUGGACCACUCGCGUGGAUCAACAGCGAGGAUGUAAAUGGCAAAAUGCGAGCCUCCGGAUGGCACGUCCUAGACGUCCUAGAUGGCUGUUACGAUGUCGAAGCGAUCAUUUCCUCGCUAAAUCAUGCAAAGUGGCUGAAGGGAAAACCAACUUUCAUCAACAUUCGUACCGUGAUUGGUCUUGGUACUAGUACCGCUGGAACCGCUAAGGCGCACCACGGAGCCUUCGAUCCUGAGAGCGUGGCUCGAUCUAAAAUUGCCGCGGGCCAAAACCCUUCUACGACCCACAAUCCAUCAGAACGCUGCUUGAGGUACUUCCGGGAAAGGAAAGAGCACGGCGAAGCGUUAGAAAGGGACUGGGAGGACCUCUUGAUGAGAUAUGCUCGUGAAUAUCCAGAAAAGGCCAGCGAGUUUGCCUUCCGGCUUCGGGGUGCGAAGCCAGACCUGAAGACGCUGCUAGAGCAUCUAGACAGUGAACAAUUCCGGGGGAUGGCCACCAGAGAGUCAAACGGACUCAUAUUGGAAAAGCUUUGGGAUUUCUACCCUUCGUUGUGUGGUGGAGGUGCAGACCUUGUCAACUCCAACAAAUUCCUUUAUUCGGACAGCGAUGUGUUUCAUCCAUCAGUGAGCUAUAAAGGGCGAUAUAUAAGACAUGGAAUCCGAGAGCAUGCGAUGGCCUCCGUUUCAAAUGGAAUUGCCGCUUUCCAUCCUGGAACCUUUCUACCAGUGACUGCAACGUUCUUUAUGUUUUACAUCUACGCAGCACCCGGUGUACGAAUGGGUGCUCUCAGCCACCUUCCGGUAAUCCACAUUGCAACGCACGACUCGUUCGCCGAGGGCCAGAACGGCCCUACUCAUCAGCCCGUCGAACUUGAUUCACUGUAUCGUGCUAUGCCAAACCUGACAUACAUCCGGCCGUCUGAUGCUGAAGAGGUGAUCGGUGCUUGGAUGUGGGCAACGGCAUCAACUAACAGCCCCACAAUGAUUUCUGUAGCUCGCGAUCCUCUUGAUAACAUUCCAGGGACCAGCAGGUCCAGAGUGCUCAAAGGAGCAUACGUGCUUCAGAAUGACACCGAAGCCGAUGUGACGUUAGUCAGCUGCGGUUCAAGUUUGCAACAUGCCGUUCGCGCCGCAAAGCAAUUACGCGAGCAGCACUCCAUUAGUUGUCGGAUUGUCAGCUGCCCAAGCUUCGAUCUCUUCGAUCAGCAAAGUGGGGAAUACCGAGAAUCAGUCUUUCCCUUAGAUGGCAAGCCGAUCAUCAGCGUCGAAGAGUACGUGGCCACGACCUGGGCUCGGUAUGUUACUGCCAGUGUCGGUAUGAGCUCUUACGGUUAUUCUGCGUCAAACCCGAGCAAUUAUGAACGAUUCCGCUUGGACUCCGAAGGAAUAACUGCUCGUGUUAAACAAUAUCUCGCAUUCCUGGACGGCCGUAACGCACGACACAUGGGUUGGCGAUCGAUCUAA